AAACAAACGCAUAAUUUUGCAACAUGGAUCCAUAUCAGAAAUACCCCAAUGGCAUCUGAGGUCUCACAAAUUAGUACACCAGUGAAUGAUCCAUUGGUUAUCAACAAGCAAAAAAUGCUGGAAUUAAUGCAAAACACCCUAAUAGUAUCACAAGAAGCUUCAUACAUGAGUAUUUGGGUAGCAAAAUCAAGAGGUGCUCUAGAAAACAGAGUAAAUGAGCUUGCAUCAUUUGAAGAAAGGGAGGCACAUCUGGAACAAAGGGUCAUUGAGGUCAUUGAAAAAGAUGUUAAAAGGCUGCAAGAAUUUGCCAACAAUCCAAUCCACUGCCAUYGRUAUGGGGUCCAUCCCUUUGCAAAAGUAGAUGGAGGGACAGCACUAAAAAAUGUACAUCUUUUGGAUUGUAAACCAGGAGCUGUCAAGACAGUACCAGACCUAAAAACUGUUUGGUGUGAAUUGGUUUCAAAAUAUCCAAAGUUGUUUGAAAACAAAUGUGUUCCUGUUCCUGGUGAUUUCCCCAUUUUUAGAGAUACAAUGAGAAUCAUUUACAGAUAUGAUGAAGAACUGGCAAAAACUCUUGUGCCCUUUCCAGCUAAUUUCCACAUGGGGAAAAGUGCCCAUUCUGGUCUUUGGAUACACUUCUAUGACUAUAUCAUCAAACCUUUGUAUCUUUACCUUCAUCCAAGAUCCGUCCCCAUUAGGUAUGUAUUGUUAAUAGUAAUAGCUAAAUUCCAUACAUGA